CUCCCCCAACUCCCUCAAGUGAGGGUUCCGCCCCGCUCCGCCCCUCGUCGCCCGCGCCCCUCCCCAUCCCCCGCCCGGCGCCCCGCCCCGUUCGCCGAGCCUCGGCUUGCCGUCCAGCGUCCCUGCGCCCGGGAGCGCUGGCUCUGCCGGCGCCGAGAAAUGAAUCAAGUGGAUUUUAAGAAGAUGUAGUGCCGCAGCUUGCCUGAUGGGAUAUUUUCAGUCAUGGCAUCCGAACUUUGUAAGACGAUCUCUGUGGCAAGGCUGGAAAAGCACAAGAAUUUGUUCUUAAAUUACAGGAAUCUGCAGCAUUUCCCAUUGGAGUUACUGAAAGAUGAGGGACUACAGUACUUGGAGAGACUCUAUAUGAAAAGGAACUCCCUUACAACCUUGCCAGAAAACCUUGCUCAGAAGCUCCCAAACCUUGUGGAACUGUAUCUUCACUCAAAUAACAUAGUUGUUGUUCCAGAAGCCAUCGGGUCCCUUGUAAAACUGCAGUGUUUGGAUCUUAGUGACAAUGCCUUAGAAAUUGUUUGCCCAGAAAUCGGUCGUCUGAGAGCUUUACGUCAUCUUCGAUUAGCUAACAACCAACUGCAAUUCCUACCUCCAGAGGUUGGCGAUUUGAAGGAGCUGCAGACACUAGACAUUUCUACCAAUCGUUUGCUAACUUUACCCGAGAGGCUUCACCUGUGCCUUUCUCUGCAGUACCUCACCGUGGACCGAAAUCGUCUAUGGUGUGUGCCCCGCCAUCUUUGCCAGCUGCCCAGCCUCAAUGAGCUCUCCAUGGCUGGAAACCGUCUUGCAUUUUUGCCACUUGAUUUAGGUCGAUCUCGAGAACUACAGUAUGUGUACGUGGAUAACAACAUUCACCUGAAAGGCUUGCCUUCCUAUCUGUACAACAAAGUCAUCGGGUGCAGUGGCUGCGGUGCUCCCAUUCAAGUUUCCGAGGUGAAGCUGCUUUCCUUUUCAUCAGGGCAACUCACCGUUUUCCUCCCUGCUGAAGUGAAGGCCAUCGGGACGGAGAACGAUCAUGUCCUGCCUCUGCAAGAGCUGGCCAUGAGGAGUCUGCAUCACACCUACCACAGCUUUCUGAAAGAUUUGAACUUUCUGUCUCCAGUCUCAUUACCCAGAAGUCUCCUGGAGCUGCUGCACUGCCCCCUGGGGCACUGUCACCGGUGUAGUGAGCCCAUGUUCACCAUCGUCUACCCUAAGCUCUUUCCCCUGAGAGAGACGCCAAUGGCAGGGCUGCACCAGGGGUAAUCAUGCCUAAGUGGGCACCACGGCUUACACCUGGGAGGACGACUGUGAGUUUUGUGGCUUACUGCUGCUCCACCCAGUGUCUGCAGACUUUUGACCUACUGAGCUGAUAAACACUCAAGAGCCUCAGGAGUGUGGCCAGCUUGACAGCAGUCACCUGCACAUUGCACACCAUUUGUGCAGCAGAGAGAGGGGACAGUCCAGCCAGGCCCAACUGGCCCCUCCCUACAGCCUGUCCUGUCAGACUCGGGGACUGCAGAGCUCUGGAAAUGUCCUGACAGAGCUUCACAGCUGAAAUGCCUUCACCCUCCCCCCAAGUUGGAAUAUAUCCUUCCCCAAACUGAAGACCGUCUGUCUUCUGUGUUUUUCUUUUUAUGUGAGUGUGUCUCAUACGCAGGGUAUUUACGCGGAUUUAUACACGCGGACUGAUGCGCGUCCCCAAGUCUAAUUUAGAGCAGGUUUCAGUUCCCUGAAGAACUAUAAUUUGGUGAUACAACCAAAUUAACUUUUGAACACACGAACCUUCAAUGAUACUUGUAACCUUCUCCUUUCUCUUUCUUUCCCCGGAGAAUUAUUUCCCUCAGAGGUUUUCCUCCAUGUUUUUAACGAAUUUCAGCAAACCCUGUGGGCUCAAUAGUAUUGAGCAGCAUUGUGUGUGUUGGGGUUGGGGUUGGGUUUGGGGGCCUUGGGGGGUGGUACCUGAGUUGGCAGCCAAGUUAGACUCCAGUAGAGGCGUCAGAGGGGUCCUAACACACAUAUAUAGAAAGUUAUAUAAAGUUUUGCAAUGUAUUAAGAGAAUUUUGUGAGGGAUUUUAAAAAUUAAAAUGUAGAUUAUAAAUGAAGCACACACUUACUUUGAAAGGCUAUUUACAGAAAAAUAAUUUUUGAAUUCCUUUGUUUCUUGAUAAGGUUUUUUUUUAAUAUGAGAAAAGUUUGAGGGACUAUUUGAGGCUUUAAAAGAUCUGAUCCUUAUCUUCCCAAAGUUAAACACUUUCUAGCUACUGAAAAGGGGAGAGAAAAAGACACAUCAAAAUAUGACCUCUGGUGUUUCUUGUUAGAUGGGCUUAUGGUUAAAUUUAUAUUGACUUUGAAAUAUUUUUGUUAUAUGUGGUAAACUGGCUUUAGCUACUUCUAACUAGUUUUUACACAAGGUGAUUCUAAGUACAGCCUGGGCACAUUCAUUUAAAUACCUGGUGCAUUAGAUAAUCUUCAUUUUUGACCCUAGAUUUCUUAUGUACUUGACACACUGUUGUCCAGAUACCACUGAGAAGACACAGGAAAAGCAGGUCCAAAUUCAGCCUUGGACUUUUUCAAAAAGGCCAUAGAUGGAAAGUGUGAGCUUGUGCUUUGACAGGAGAUAAUGCUCUUAAUGGAGCACUCACAUAUUUGCUCUUCCUUUGAAAGGAUGGCAUUUUAGUGUUGCUUUGCCACCAGAUGUUCAUCUGGUUGCUGCGAAGUGAUUCUUUUUUUACUUUGUUUAAAAAAAAAUUCAAUUAUACGGAGUUUUUUGUAAGGCAAGAUUAAAAGGGAACUAAGGUUUACUUGGUAGGAAAAUUUAUUUAAAAAAAAUUUCAGACUUGUCAAAAUUUUGGUUUACAGCAUUUUAUUAGCUGCCCUAAAUCUGUGAUGCUAGGCUCUAACUGCUAAAAAUCCUACAUAGUUACUGACGAAUGUGUGAUCUUUUCACAGUCACACCACCUGCUGCCCGGAAAACAGACUAUCUGUAUAGAAUGGUGAAGGCAGAACAUCACCAACUGUAUUUCCACUGUUCUCACUUCCUCUUGUCCCUUUCAUAGCUGGCCUGCUCAGCCUUAACAUUUCAAAGGCUUACAGGAUAAUAGGAACUGAAGAUCUGUAUCAAAAUGUAACACUUCUUUCAUCCUUCAGAAUAAUUGAAGUUUUAGCGUAACCUCUACAUGUACAUAAACCGCGAGGUGAAAAAUGUGGAAUGAAACUUCACAAAUGCGGUUCAGGCCUAAGUGGAUGCUGCCUAUCAUUUAAGUGACAGUAAAUAUUUUUCAGUAUCUUUCUACUUCACCCUCUGUGAUCAUAUGUCUUAAAAUGGAGCUAUGAAAUUUGCUAACCUGAUAUUCAGGAUUCUUGUCAGACGAGGAUAUGUAAUAGUUUAAGCUUGUCUGAAAUUUUACGUAGAUCCUUACAAUCCACGCAGCCUUUCUGUACCUGUUAUAAACAAUGUAUGUUGAACUCCAGCAGAGGGCUGGGCAGGCAACCUUUGGCCAGUCUCAACUUUAAUCUUUGGUGCAGCACCCAGCUUAAUUAGUGAGAAGUGGAAUUUUUUAUUCGGCUUCUUUGGUGCUGUUCAUUUUAAAAAUUUUAUACUGGAUUCACUGAUGUCAUUCUUAACCUUUUGAUAUUAUGAAAGAGUGUUAUAGAUUGGAGAAAAACUGUCUACAUUUUAAGUAUUUGAAUAGUGUCCAGGGUCUUGCAGAAAAUUCUGAAUUUAUUAUACAUGUGUUUUCUUUAGCAGCAGUUAUAAUAGAUAGAGAAAUAUUUCAUGCAGUUAUAAUAGUGCAAAAAAUGUGAAUUACUUGGAAAAUAUGGUCUGUUCAGGUAAGUUUACAUCAAUAAUCUGACACGUGGUUAACAGUAAAUUUUAAAGUCCAGGAUACCCUGUUGGGCAUAGGUCCUCUUAUGAUACAGUAGAAAGGGGGUCCAUUUUAAGUGGAUUACCUUAUCUGUGUUCUUCAAAAUACCUAAUUGUUAUCAUACCAAAAUCUUUAAUUACAUAGAUUGUGUAGAUGAAAUGUUGCAUCUUCAAUGAAUAAAAUAUAUAUUUUUAGCACACUUUAACAUUUUUUUAAAUGAUCAAUACACAAAAGAGCCCUGACUAGUGGAGGAUCAACUCUGGUUAAUAGAAAAGAAUGAUGAACUCCUUUGUUAUCUUGUUAUCUGGCCCUCCUUUUCUGGAAAAGUGAAGUCUGCAUUAAACAUCUUUUGGUCAAUGUA